UCUCUCCCCUCUCUCCUCUCUCCUCUCCUCUCUCCUCUCUAUCGCAUAAGUUUCUCUCUCUCUCUCUCUCUCUCUCUCUCUCUCAGGUUCCUCUCUCCUCUCUCCUCUCUCUCUCUCUCUCCAGAAGGCAAAACCCUAAAGAGCCGUUUACACCCACCUAACUUUCAUGGAUGAUGAUGCAUUGAACAUGCGCAAUUGGGGCUACUAUGAGCCAUCUUUUAAGGGUCAUCUUAGCUUGCAGCUCAUGUCAAGCAUGGCAGAGCGCGACACUAAACCAUUUGUCCCUGGGCGUGACCCUACAGUCAUGGUUAGCGCCAACGGAGCCUAUCACCCUCGGGAUUGUGUUGUAUCAGAUGCUCAGCUUCCAAUGAACUAUAUGAGGGAGAGUUGGGUAAACCAGAGAGAUAAGUUUCUCAAUAUGAUGCCUGCCAAUCCUAACUAUGGGGCUGUUCUUCCAGAAACUUCAGGUGCCCAUUCCUUGCAGAUCUUACAGCCACCGGAACCAUCAAGGGAUGAGAGGGUGGGUAGGAUCGAAGAGCCAGUUGUCCCUAAGGAAGUUGGCACAUCCAAGAAAAGACAGGGUGGGGGUGCACCAAAAGCCCCAAAAGUGAAAAAGCCCAGGAAGGCAAAGGAUAGUACCAAUCCUUCAGUUCCUCGUGUGAAGCCAGCAAAGAAGAGUUUGGAUGUUGUGAUUAACGGGAUUAAUAUGGAUAUCUCUGGAAUUCCAAUUCCCAUCUGCUCAUGCACUGGAGCUCCACAACAGUGUUAUAGGUGGGGGUGUGGUGGUUGGCAAUCUGCUUGUUGCACCACAAAUGUAUCUAUGUAUCCUCUGCCAAUGAGCACUAAGCGACGCGGGGCAAGAAUAGCUGGAAGAAAAAUGAGUCAGGGUGCUUUCAAGAAGGUGUUGGAGAAGCUUGCAGCUGAAGGUUAUAAUUUUGCUAACCCAAUUGAUCUUAGGUUUCAUUGGGCAAAACAUGGUACCAACAAGUUCGUCACUCUCAGGUAGAGUUACUGUGUUGGUAACCGUUAGUGGGACUUCCAUUGCAUUUGGUCUGUUUCACCUGUAUAUAUUUAUGUGGCCUUUUGCAGGGAUCUUUCAGAUAAUUUGUAGUCAUUCAAUUUUCAGUCAGGACGGAUGAUACUUGUUUUUAAAAUCUGGAAUUGUUCUUUUUGUUAAUUUUUUUUUUCAUUUCGGCUUCUGUUUAAGGGCUGACUUUUCUGGCCACCAGGAUUAUGUGGAUGAGUUGUUAUUUAUUGAAUUGUUGUUGGAUAGCAUUCAAUCUCUGUUUAAUCUAAUGCUCGUUUUUCGUA